CUGAAACGGAGAAACCCUCUUGUUCAAAUACACUACAUACCCCACAAAGCAUAUUCACCAAUUUUUUUUUUCCAAAUCAAAGUUCUGGAAACUCACAGGGAUCAGAAUUCAGUGUUCUACAAGUUCACGAAUCCAUUCCAAGAAAUCUUGGGAGGUUCAAAAAUGGUGUACACAUACACGCCAACGUACUACUCUUCUCUCCAUGACUCGAUCACCUCUCUCUGCAAGACGAUGCUCCCUUUCUCCUUCAAGAAGCGGCGCUUGCCAGGUGCCAUCGCCGAUCAGAAGCUCUUGAAGCAGCAGUCGGAUAAUCUGAAAUGGCAGCAGGACUCCUUUCACCAGAUUCUUAAUUUGAUGGGUCUGUGCAAAGAAGGCAUUGUGCCUGAAAGAGAGGUCUCUGCUUUCAGAAUGCAGCUCCUUGACAUUAUCGUUGCCUCCCCGGCCGACCAAGAGCAACCCGUGGUUUUGAGAGAUAAAUUGCUCUUCCUGCAGGAGCUACUUUAUGCAAAAUGCAUCUCUGGAGACGAGUAUCAUUCUUCGAAAAGGCCCUUGCUACAGAGGCUUGCAGUUCAAGGAGUCGAGAUCGAAGCAAGAGACAUCACUUUAGCUAAACCAACAGAGAGCUCAGAAGAGGAGUGGUCAGUAAUCGACUUGAGGGAUGAGCAGUGCUUGCUCAACAAAGAUAGCUCACAUUCAAAGCCCAAAUCGAAGCAGGGUUCAGCUGUGAAGCAGAUUAAAGGGGCAACAUCAGUUCUGAACUUUGUAUCAUCUUACAAACUAGGAAAAAACAAAGAAGGGAAGGAAGUCAAUGAACCGAACACCAAACAUUUCAGACCGAUUAGAGAAAAUAUCUGUUCCUCAUCCGCCACCAACCCUUUCUGGGACAGCCACUUGAAGGACAAAGAAAUUGAAACUAGGUCUAUCCUCAUGCCGGAAAGCCUACCGCCAGAGCCCAUUAAGGUGGAGAACGAAAGUGCAGAAAAAGUGAAGAAGAAACCCAUUAGGACUCUGUUUCAGAGAGAGCAGAGAGAUGGGAAUGGGGUUGGUGGCUACGGUCCUAAUUCUGAGAAUACACCUCCAAAAUCAGCAAAGAAGCAAUGGGGAUUUGAUGGGUUCAAGAAAUGGAAGAGAAGCAAUAGGGAGGAUGAAGAAGCUCCUCUGCCUCUGAGUGAGAGAUCAGACAAUAAAACCUUUUCUGAGUCUUGCCAGCUUGUCGAAAGCCCUAUGGGGGAGGGCCCUGACACCAAACAAAUCAAGAGGAAGCUGCACCCAGAUGGGUCUGCAUCUGAUUUUUUCAUCGAUAAGGUCUUGGGGGACAAGAUAAAGAAGGAGCUGUCAAGAAUUCAAUCAGAACUCUGCUCCACAAACCCCAAUCUCCAAUUCUCGAAUGAUCAAAUUGAAGCAAUAUCAACAAAGCUUCCAGUGGAGAAGUCUGACCUGAAAAAGUUUUUUCCCAAGUCAUGGUGCGAUCGAUACGGCGAUGUUGUGCUAGAUGUUGUGAGAAAAGAAUUCAAGGACCAUGUUGGAGAGAUGGAGAAUAUGCGAAACAAUGCAAGAGAGAAACGAGAAAACUGCUGGGCAAAGUUCGAUGAUGAAGAUGAUGAAAAUUGUCACCCGAAUCUCUUCGGCAAUCAUCAGGAUCGGUCUCUCCCGAUGAAGCAGGGAAAAUUCACUUCCACGAACAGCAAUGGCUGCAAUUUUAGGAGUAACAGCAAAGCCAACAAGUGUUUUGAAACAAAUCCCUUCUUUCAGGAUUAUCAAGGAAACGAUGGAGAGAAGCUAAGGUCUAAAUCGUUAUUUGAUCCUGAUUAUCAGAAUCCCUUUUGGUCUCCAAGAAAGGGAUCUUCCAUGUUUGGUUAGAUGCAAAUGUGACAAUCUAAAUCAGCAGUGAUGCAAGUGAGCAUCACUGCUGGCUAUUCAUUGCUUAUGAGAGAAUUAUAUAAUAUAUGUUUGGAUAGAAUGUUAACCGCUGCUCUCAAUUUAGUUCCCUUUCUGGUAAGAACGUGAGCAUCAGUGUAUGAAUUAUGAAGAACUGUCUUCGUGUAGUAAUUUAAACUGUCUGGUUUUCUUUGUAAAUGGGUGCCAUUAUGUUUCAUAGAAUGUUAACUGCUACUCUUUGAGAGAAUCUAAAUCAACGGUGAUGCAAGUGAGCAUCACUGCUGGCUAUUCAUUGCUUA